AUGGCUUUAGUCAGCACAUGUUUGGAAUUCAUUGGUGCUGGAUGUAGCUGGUGGUGGUGCUCGAUCCUCCCACAUUAAUCUCGUCGUGGCCUGUCGCGAAGUCGUCACGCGCAUCGCGUCACCCACCGUGUGCGUGUCUCCUCUACCUAUCUACAGUGAACUGGUUUUUCAUGAAUUGAGAAAAGUGAAUGAAGAUAUAUAUAUUAGAGAAGAAGAAUACAUAUACAGAGAUAAUUUUUCAAAUCGCGAUAAUAUGGCUUUUCUCGCAACUGUUGGUCUGCUAACUCUACUCUAUUACCUCGCCUAUCUCAUUUUUCCCUCCAUUUUGGAUUGCGAUCUAUUGCUCGCUUUUAAGGAGAUAUUCGGCAAGCCCGUAGUUUCGUUGAAAGGCAAAGUCGUAUGGAUAACAGGUGCGUCCAGCGGUAUCGGAGAGCAAUUAGCCUACGUGCUGGCCAAAGCGGGCUGUAAAUUAAUCUUGUCCGCUCGGAGGAUCGACGAGUUAGAAAAAGUGAAGAGGAAGUGUCUAGAAGAAAACGAACACUUGAGCGACGACGAUGUGGAAGUGUACCCUUUGGACCUGCUCAAUUUUGACUUGCACGAGAAAGCGUUCCUACACGUGAUCGAGAAAUUCGGCAAAUUGGACAUACUCGUUAAUAAUGCCGGUCGCAGUCAAAGGGCACAAUGGGAGAAUAUUGAGAUGACAGUCGACAAAGAGAUGUUCGAGUUGAACGUAUUUUCCAUCGUAUCCUUGAGUAGAUUAGCGGUUAAGCAUUUUCUACAGACAGGCGAGGGUCAAAUCGUUAUUAACUCGAGCGUCGCGGGAUUUUUACCGGUAGCUAGGUCGGGGACCUAUUGUGGCGCUAAACAUGCGUUGCACGGUUAUUUUAAAUCGUUGUUGCUGGACCACCAUGAUAAAGAUAUCGACGUGACGAUCGUUUGUCCGGGUCCGGUGCAGACUAAUUUUCUAGCCGAGAGUUUCACAGAGAAAUCUGGCGAGAAAUACGGUAUAAACACGGAAGUGGCCAAAAACAAAAUUAGCGCGGAACGUUGCGCAACUUUAAUGGGUGUAGCGAUUGCGAAUAAGCUGGACGAAGUGUGGAUCGCCAAACCGAUCACGUUACGAUUGAUUUAUAUAUUUUAUUGUUUCCCGAAUUUUGGAAAAUGGUUGGUGAAGACCUUGGGCACAAGAUAUCUAAUGAAAUUACGGGAUGCUAAGGUUCCCAGUAAGAACUAAUCUUGUUACCAUCAUUACAAUAGUCUAAUGAUAAUUGGUGAUUAUUUUUAUACUGUGUGUUUUGACA